UGGCACAAGAUCAGCUGGCCUUGUUCGCGUACACAUUUCGAAACGACAAGCCUUCUUCCGGCACAAUCGUCUCUCUGUCCGUUAUCUGCUUUCUUUGAGCGCGAGAAUGCCUCUGCAGCAAGACAUCGACCUGCUCAACCCUCCCCGAGAGCUGGAGAAGCGCAUGCACAAAAGGAAGCGGCUUGUCCAGUGCCCAAACUCAUUCUUCAUGGACGUCAAGUGCCAGGGCUGCUUUACCAUCCAGACUGUGUUUUCUCAUUCGCAAAGUGUAAUUGCAUGCGGGUCAUGCGGGGCCGUGCUGGCACAGCCGUCAGGCGGCAAGUGCAGGCUGGUACCAGGUACGUCCUUCCGGCGCAAGGGCGAGUAAAUGUCGCGACGGCAAGACCACAGCCUUGGCCACAUCGCAUGGACAUGUGAGGAAGGGGCUGCAGCAAGUCAGGCAAGAAGGGCAUGUGCGUCGUUGCAUUGGAGGGAGAUCUGUAUACAAUUCCCGUGGAGCCGACUGGCUUCCCAGCUGAGUACGAUAGCGCCGUACGCGCUCUGUAUAUGUACACUGUCGUGUAUGGUGAUAGUGCAAGUCCUGGCUGACCGCAUACACAUACUAUGCGGCACUGCCUUGCAUUAUGUUGACGAGCAUAGCAUGUGUAUACGUUACGGUUCUUAAGACAGCAUAUUUUUGAGUGGAAUGAUUGAUUGAUAGCAGCGGCAACAGGAGGGCAGGCGAUGGAAGGCGCGCGAAUGGGAGAUGGCACUUGACGUUUGUCAAGGGCGAGAGGGCGAGCCUUCCUUGUCAAGCGCUCCAUUGCGCUGGGGCGAAUCGAGCCGCAGUGGCAACGUUUGUCCUUGAGGGACGGGAGUCGCCAAACCGCACCUGGAACGUGCUGGUGUGCUGAGCAGGUCUCAGUGUAUGUAGUUGUGUUGCGACGAUUUGCAUUAGUACUCUGAAACCGCAACGAGCAUGUAGGGUCCGUGGCAUUGUAUUGUCGUGUGAUGGUGCGCAGUGGCGGCGGUGUCACCGCACGACAGUAGGCGGCGGUGGCGGCAGCGGCAGAGGAGCAGGCACCUGCGCUGGGGGCAGACGAGCAGGCGGCGGCGGCAAAGGACGCAUGAUAAGUUGAUAACCGUGGCAUUGUUAGCGUCAAGCUGGUAUAGAAAUGAAGGUCGCACUGAUGGUACUGCUGGAAUCCGCAGGUGAUGUAUGAUGUGCGCGUGUUGGUGGCGGCGGCGGCCGCACUGAGUGUUGCGCUGAGUGCUCGGAGCUUCUUGCCAAGGAUUAGCAAGCUCGGGUGCGGACUCGCAGAAUACGGGGAUAGUGGGAUACGAUGGCAAGUGGUAUGGGCGACAGCUGUUCACACUCUUCGCCGGCAAGCUUGCAUGUGAUGUUGGGUUUGAGCUUGCGUGUUACUAGCCAACAGUUUCACAGAUGCUCCUGUUUAUGCACCCUGUCAGCCUCCCCUGCACUUAACGCAUCAGCCAUCAGGAAGUCGAGCGGCCCAGGGGGGCCGGACGUGGCCCCAGGUGCCAGUGAACUACUAUGCCGGAACUCAGGAAGUCCUGUCCCUGGCUCCCUGCCAUUACAUAUCCGCUUCGCCACACUGAAUUCUGGGCGCCGGGGGCACUGGAACAAAUCAAAUUGGGACCCUGCAAUGGUUACCCUGCCGUGGGGUGCUCCCAGGCCAGGGGUGCUCCGGCCUGCUCCGGCCUCCAUGGCGCAGUCGCCCUGAGCGUGCCAUCAGUAAUCCGCACCACCCACACCAGGCAAUGAAUUGGGUAAGUGCAGGACCCGCAUUCCCCAGACUACCACCUA